AUGACCACCACAGCCUCAGAGUCGAGUGAUGCAGCUCCCUCCAGUUCUGCUGUGAACCAAGAGAUGAUUGAAAAUGUUCUGGCUGGAAAGCUGACUUCUUCCCAGGAGGAGGAGAAAACCGGCAAUGUGAUGGUGGAACAGGCCAUCCAGACUGACAUGGUGCCGUAUAGCCUAGAUGUGGAGCAGCUCCUUCAGAACAUCUUCGGAGCUCAAGAUGCCUGUCCUCUAAGCCCACCUUCUUCACUGAAGGAAUUGGCUGAAUUUUGUCUUGAAAGUGUCAGUGAUUCUGGUAUCAUAGUGGACUUAAUGCGAAGUGAUCCAAACUCUGCCAUCCUUUUGUCUCCUAUAGGGUCUCCAUGCAGGAAGGUGGAGCAUGCAGUUAAUGAAAACUGUUUUGGGAAAGAACUUCAUUUUACAAAACUCCACGAUGAUGAAGCCUUUGGGUAUGUCAGUACUUCCCCUCAGACAGGAGAUACUGGAGCAGCAAUCUCCUCGAGAGAUCUCCUGGCUGGAGCAGCCCCUGUUGUACCAGCUAUCAUGUGGGCUUUCAGUACUCAGAGAGGAGGAACAGAUCCCAUUUUCCGUAUCGGAGCAUUGCUUUGUGGUUGCGGCCUGGUGGCCCUGCCCUCUUUAUGCCGUACACCCUUCAGUAUGAAAAUCUAG